GCAAAGAGCGCGAACGAUAGUGAACCGAGCUGUAAUCAACGAAGAUCCAAACGCGAAAAUCAUCCGAGAACUGAGAGCCGAAAUUGAUCGCCUCCAUCAAAUGCAUGCUACCAAUUCACCAGAGGACAAUAGAAAUGCCUUGACAGAAAUCCAGCUUCUUCGAGAAAAACUAAUGGAAUCGCAACGACUCCUGGUCGAGUCCACAAGGAACUGGCAAGAAAAGUUUGCGUUAUCUGAACGAAGGAAACUUGAGGAGGCAGAAAAUCUCAAGAAAGCCGGCAUUAGCUUCAAAGUGGACAACAAGCUUCCAAACCUUGUCAACCUCAACGAAGAUCCUCAGUUGUCUGAAAUGUUGCUGUACAUUCUCAAACCAGGAACAACAACAGUUGGUCACCAAGACAACCAAGACAUUCAACUUAAUGGUGCCCUUGUGGCAGAAUCACAUUGUAUGAUAAAGAAUACGGGACUACAAGUCCAAGUUACCCCUUUAG